CCUAAUCCAAAAAGGUCACUGAGCUUCAGUCUUACCAAACACGUACCUCCCCAUAUAUUCCCAGAACUUUCCUCCACUACCCCAAUCAUCCUGGCGGCUACUAUAUUUUUUCUCCUUUUUUGACUAAAUCACUUGUCCCAAUUCGAUACCUAAUCCAUUUUUUCUCUCAAAUUCAUAUUUUUUGGAUACCCUUUUGCUUAUUGAAUCAUUUUGUGAUUGGAAUUUUUUUGAUUAGUGAAGAGAUGAAGAUGUUUGAGUUAUCUGAUUCGGAUUCAUUGGCUGGUUUUGCAUCAUCAAGGAAUGUUUUUCCACCGGGAUUUAGGUUUCAUCCGACUGACGAGGAACUUGUUCUGUACUAUUUGAAGAAGAAGAUCUGCCGGAAGAGGAUUCUGCUUGAUGCCAUUGCUGACACUGAUGUUUACAAAUGGGAACCGGAGGACUUGCCUGAUCUAUCUAAGUUGAAAACUGGGGACCGGCAGUGGUUCUUCUUUAGUCCCAGAGAUCGAAAGUAUCCUAAUGGAGCACGGGCAAACAGGGGAACGAAGCGUGGGCACUGGAAAGUUACCGGAAAGGAUCGAACUAUUACGUGCAACUCUCGUGCUGUUGGAGUUAAGAAGACCCUAGUCUUUUAUAAAGGCCGAGCACCAGUAGGUGAACGGACAGACUGGGUGAUGCAUGAGUAUACUAUGGAUGAAGAAGAGCUGAAAAAAUGUCAAAAUGCCCAGGACUACUAUGCGCUUUACAAGGUAUUUAAGAAGAGUGGCUCCGGGCCUAAGAAUGGUGAGCACUAUGGUGCACCUUUUAGAGAAGAGGAGUGGGCUGAUGAUGAAUGUCCAAGUGCCAAAGGCUUUGUCCAUCAGGAUGCUCCUCCUGUUGAUGGUGGACUCGAGGAGUUGUUGAACCCUGUGCUUAUGGAGCCACUUUCUGUAGAUUAUGAUUAUGCACUGGAGCAGCUUGUACAUGAGGAGGAUACUCGAAGUACCUUGCUAGAUCAUUCGGCAAAGGAAGUUAAUUUUCCCCACCACAGUGCGGUGAUUGCCCCAGCAAAGGAAAGCUUUGACUUGACACAGUCUGGCACAUCACAGCUACAGUUACAUGAGGUAACAGAAGUCACAUCUGCUCCCGUUAUUUAUGAACAGCAGCCACAUGUGGUGGAAGAGGAUUUCCGUGAAGAUUUUCUGGAGAUGAAUGACCUCCUUGGUCCGGAGCCAAGCACUCAGAACUUUGAUAACUUGGAGCUGUAUGUUAAAAACUUUGAUGAGGCAGGACCAAGUGGUCAAAACUUUGAUAUGCCUGCUGGAAACUUUGAAGAUUUGCAAUUCGAUUUUUUAGAUGGGUUGUCAGAGUUUGACCUGUUUCAUGAUGCACCGUUGCUUGAUGAUAUAAGAACAACUGAAGUUGGGCAAAUUACUGAACCAUACAUGAACAACUUUGUGAAUGGUUCUGAAAACCCUGCUUCUACAACAUAUAUAAGCACUUUUCAGCAUGAAAUGAUGAACAACCAGCUAAUGUAUUUGAAUGAGGGAGAACAGACUAGCAAUCAACUGUGGACACAAGAUCAAAGGUUCAACAUCUUUAACCCCAGCGAGGCAAAUCAGUUGGUUGUUCCUCCAGCUACUUCAGGUGUUGUAUAUGAUAGUAUUUUGGCAAAUCAUCCUAUUGGCGCAAAUCAAAAUCAACUACCCAAUCAAGACGAUGGUACACCAUCAUGGUUGACCUCUCAGUUGUGGGCCUUCGUGGAUUCUAUACCUACUUCUCCUGCUAUAGCUGCUGAAAGUCCAGUGGUUAAUAGUGCCUUUAAGCGCAUGUCUAGCUUUAGUAAGAUGAGAAUAAACUCCAGGAACAUGAAUGUUGUGGCAGCAGGUAAUACAGCAACUUCAAGAAGUUCGCGCCACUCUAAGAAUGGGCUUUUUUAUUUUUCUUUUCUUGGAAUACUGUGUGCAAUCUUAUGUGUGUUAGUAGGAACAUUUGUCGACAUCUUGAGGAGACUCAUAUCCUCUUAAAUAUGCAAAGAAAAGUUGAUGUUCUAUCAUUUGGCAUCUUGCCAGAAUCAAUGAGAAGCAGAGCAUACAUUCUAUGAGUAAAACAAAAUCUACUUAUAAGUAUGAUGUUUAAAUUCCCCCUUCCCCUUGGUGGUCGUUUGGUUGCUAGGUAGAGUUAUGCAUGUAUUAGUAAUACAAAGGUUAGCUAUGCAUGUAUUAAUAAUGUACGGAUUAGUUAUGCAGAUAUUGGUAUUAGAAUGGAAGGAUUAGUUGUACAAAGAUUAGUUAUGCUAGGUUAAGUUGCCAUGAUUUAGUUAUUCUACUUUCUACCUUGCAUAAAAUAAUGCAUAGAUUUCCUCCUAACUUAUACAUGUGUUAGUUAUGUGUAAAAGAAAAACAUGAACCAAACAUUGUAUUAGCAAUACUAUGUUUUAUGUGAAAAGAGAAAAAAUCAACCAAACAUAGUAUACUUUAUGCUAGAUUCUACAUGAGUAUUAUGUUUUUCCUCAUUUUGUAACCAAACAACUUACAAAGUUAUGCUAGUUUUUAAUACAUGAAUAACUCCUCUCUAACUAGCAACCAAACGACCUCUUGUACCACCCUAAAGUAGUAACAAAAAGGAAAAAAUAACAUAGGAAAAUAUCCCUCAAGUGAACAGAAGAACAAAGGAAUUAUGCCAUUGGCAAUUUUGACUGAAGUUUGAGAUUAUUUCAUAAUCAGCUUCUUUUUGCUUUUAGAGUUUUGAUUUGCAGGUAUACAUAAUUGGGUUUAAUUUAGGUGAGUUCAAGUUGAUUUCUGAUUUGGAAGGUUCAAUGUGGCUUGAAAUUUGAUUUUGUGUCUAGUUUUCUUGUUUAUAGGUUGCACAGGUUGACCUAUUUGGUCAGGUAAGUUCGGUUUGGUACUUGUUUUCGUUACUCAAGAGGAAAUCGAUUUUUAACUUGUCUUGUGAUUAUGCAGCAUAAUAUAUCAUCAGCUGUAUAAUCCAGUUACUACCUGCUAUUCUUACUUUGUAAAAUUGCUUGCUAUGAAUUGUUUGUCCUUCAGCUCAUAGUUUUUUUCUGCUCCAAAUUAUGUUCAAUUCCAACAUGGUUUUUGUCAUACCCUAAACUGGAGAAGUGACUAUUCUUAACCUAGCUGAAGUAUUUUGAUCGUCCGAGUUUCGAAGUUACUAGUAUGUAUAACUUGUUUGGUGCUACAGACAAGGUUCGGAGAAGUGGUAAGUACACUGUCAUUCUUAACCAGAGUUUCUGGUUUGAGCCCGUGGUAUGAUGCCACCUUUGUUUGGGAAUACUUUACUCCAAUGUGGGACUGGUAGCAAACUUCAGGUGGGAAGUCAAAAAAUAAGUAAAUUCAGUGAUUCUAACAAAUA